CUGCCCGCAGCCGCAGCCGCCCUUGGCCGCCUCCCCCGAUCCCCCGCGGGGAGGAACCGGGCUCUCCUGCCGCUGCCGAGGCGUUAAUUGACUCGCAAGGUCACUAAUUUCGGCUCCUGGAGGGAGCCCACCCCAGCCAUGGCUGAGAGGAAGCAGAACGGGCGGCAGGGAGAGGAGGAAGAAGUGCCAGCCUUCUUCAAAAACCUGGGCUCGGGCAGCCCCAAGCCCCGGCAGAAAUUCUGUGGCAUGUUCUGCCCGGUGGAAGGCUCCCUGGAGAACAAGACCAUCGACUUCGACUCGCUCUCGGUGGGCCGCGGGUGUAACAAAGUCGUGGCCAAGCAGAAGGACGUCGCCCACCUGGGUCCGGAUGCUCCGUCCGUCUAUUCCAAGCAGAGCGGGAAGGGAAGGGAACCAUCUGUUGAAUUCGGGAGAAAGGUGGAGAUCAGGAGUGCCACGGGGAAGGAGGCGCUGCAGAACCUGAACGACAAGAGCGAUCGUCUUUUGAUCAAAGGUGGUAAAAUAGUUAAUGACGACCAGUCCUUCUAUGCAGACAUUUACAUGGAGGAUGGGUUGAUAAAGCAAAUAGGGGAGAACCUGAUCGUGCCAGGGGGAGUGAAAACCAUCGAGGCCCACGGCAGGAUGGUGAUUCCUGGGGGCAUCGACGUCCACACCCGCUUCCAGAUGCCAGAGCAGGGGAUGACGUCUGCUGAUGAUUUCUUCCAAGGGACCAAGGCUGCCCUGGCUGGGGGCACCACCAUGAUCAUUGACCACGUGGUUCCCGAGCCUGGCACCAGUUUGCUGACGGCGUUCGACCAGUGGCGAGAGUGGGCAGACAGCAAAUCCUGCUGUGACUACUCCCUGCACGUGGACAUCACUGAGUGGCACAAAGGUGUCCAGGAGGAGAUGGAAGCUCUGGUUAAAGACCAUGGUGUGAAUUCCUUCUUGGUGUACAUGGCUUUCAAAGAUCGCUUCCAGCUCAGUGAUUCUCAGAUUUACGAGGUGCUGAGCGUGAUCCGGGACAUCGGCGCCACAGCCCAAGUGCACGCUGAGAACGGUGACAUCAUUGCUGAGGAGCAGCAAAGGAUCCUGGAGCUGGGGAUCACAGGCCCUGAAGGACAUGUGCUGAGCAGACCUGAGGAGGUGGAGGCAGAGGCUGUGAACCGGGCAAUAACCAUCGCCAACCAGACCAACUGCCCGCUGUACAUCACCAAGGUGAUGAGCAAAAGUGCUGCUGAUGUCAUUGCUCAAGCCAGGAAAAAGGGCACCGUGGUGUACGGGGAGCCCAUCACAGCCAGCCUGGGCACCGAUGGAUCCCAUUACUGGAGCAAGAACUGGGCGAAGGCAGCAGCUUUUGUGACGUCCCCACCGCUGAGCCCUGACCCCACCACUCCCGAUUUUCUCAACUCCCUUCUGUCCUGUGGAGAUCUCCAAGUGACUGGCAGUGCCCACUGCACCUUCAACACCGCUCAGAAAGCUGUGGGAAAGGACAACUUCACCCUGAUCCCUGAAGGAACCAAUGGCACUGAGGAGAGGAUGUCCAUCAUCUGGGAUAAGGCUGUGGUGACUGGCAAGAUGGAUGAGAACCAGUUUGUGGCUGUGACCAGCACGAACGCUGCCAAAAUCUUCAACCUGUACCCGCGGAAGGGCCGCAUCGCCGUGGGCUCCGACGCCGACCUGGUCAUCUGGGACCCCGACAGCGUCAAGACAAUCUCUGCCAAGACUCACAACAUAUCCCUGGAGUACAACAUCUUCGAGGGCAUGGAGUGCCGUGGCUCUCCCCUGGUGGUGAUCAGCCAGGGCAAGAUCGUGCUGGAGGAUGGGAACCUGCACGUCACGGAGGGCUCAGGGAGGUACAUCCCCAGGAAACCCUUCCCUGACUUCGUUUACAAGCGCAUCAAAGCCAGGAGCAGGCUGGCCGAGCUCCGGGGCGUGCCCCGUGGCCUCUACGACGGCCCGGUGUGCGAGGUGUCGGUGACCCCCAAAACCGUCACGCCGGCGUCCUCAGCCAAGACCUCUCCUGCCAAGCAGCAGGCGCCCCCCGUGAGGAACCUGCACCAGUCGGGGUUCAGCUUGUCUGGGGCACAGAUCGAUGACAACAUCCCGCGCCGCACCACCCAGCGCAUCGUGGCCCCGCCGGGCGGCCGUGCCAACAUCACCAGCUUGGGCUAAGGACCGAGCCCUCGCGUGCCCGCCGGCUACGCCCGGGGGCACUGGGGCACCUGGAGACCCUUUCCUGAUUCUUUUAGAGCCUGUGACGGUUACUGCGGGCACCCAGUGUGGGUGGGGGCUGAAGCAAAAGCGCCUCUUUCAGUCCCCUCAGGUUCCCUCCUCAUCUUCACCGCCCUCCUCGCACUUCCCCACCCUCUCCCCCCCCUCGGCCAUUCGAAGAAAUAAAACCCUGUUUUGACACCUCUGACAUGAAAAGAGUAAAUGUAAAGAGGGCGUUUGAGAUACGUGGUCUCUGUCCUAUUCAGCAUCUUUCUUUUAAUAAAGGAAGGAUAAAGUGAAUUUCCCGGGAGCUGCCUUUAAGACACACACACAGACACUCACACACACACACACACACACAAAAAAAAAAAAAAAAAAGAGAAAGAAAUAAAAAUAAACAAGUAAGAAAAGCUUUUUUUUUUUUUUUUUUUAAUGUCAAGCAGAAGAGUAGUUCAAGGGUUUUAAACUGGAUAUUCUGUAGGGUUCUGUGUUGCAGUAGAAUUAGUUAGGCGAGCACGGAGGGACAGGAAUCCAGCCUGUCUCCACACCAGCUCUGAGCUCACCAGGAGAGAGGAACAGGACCCAGCACUAGGAAUGACAGAGAUCUUCACCCCAGGUGAGCCACAGUCCUUGGGGACUUCCAUCCUCUCGAGUUGGUUUUACCUUGGUUUCUUUUUUUUUUUUUUUUUUUUCCCUUUCUGCAUUUUGCUGCAAAUUAGGUCCUUGAGGAAACUUUUUUUUUUUAAAUUUUUUCUUUUUUCUUGGAAAUGUCUGUGUGUGUGUUUUUAAUACGUUUGUAUCGUUGUGUUUACGAAGCCUUAUCUGAGAACUGGGAAUCUCCCCGUUCUUCCCGAACCUCAUCCAGGUCACAGACUCCCUCCAGUGUCACUGCCACUGCCACCCUGGUACUUCACGUGUCCUUUAGUUGCAUUUUCCAGCCAUUUCUUGUCCCGUAGCUGCAGUGAGGGCACGGAGCAGGUCCUCAGCAUCUUCAGUCCAUCAGGUCUUGAGCUGGACAUGGUCUGAGGAUCUGGAAGGGUUUGUAGCACUUAGUUUUUCUUCUGUCCCUGAAGGUGGGUGUGGGCAGGCAGGGAGCUGUGGGCAAAGAGCAGAAACCCCUUCCCUGGCCAUGGAGGAGAGUUAUUUAAAGCUUUGAGGGUUUAUCUUUAGCUCCCAAAGGGCUCUCGGGCAGCGUGUGCCGAGCACCUGUGGCAGUUCCAGCCCAGGCCCAGCUGCUGUAACUGGGAGCUGGCCAGGUCCCCAGCAGCUGAGAAUCUCUUGUACGAACGUCCCAGCUGCCCAAGCCCGCAGGAAUCCUGCCCACACCCCUGGGCAGGCCUGGCUCUUCCCCAGCCAGCCUCUCGUGCCUGGGAUUCGAGGAUUUGAGACACCGUCAGCGGUCCUUGAAGGGUUGGAGGAGUCCCAGCCCUGGGUCAGGCAGCGGGGUCUGGGUGUUUAACUGAGCUCUGGGUUUGAAGGUUUAACCCUGCUCUGGGACUGAAGGUUUAACCCAGCUCUGGGAUUGAAGGUUUAACCCAGCUCUGGGAUUGAAGGUUUAACCCUGCUCUGGGACUGAAGGUUUAACCCAGCUCUGGGAUUGAACGUUUAACCCAGCUCUGGGUUUGAAGGUUUAACCCAGCUCUGGAACUGAAGGUUUAACCCAGCUCUGGGUUUGAAGGUUUAACCCAGCUCUGGGACUGAAGGUUUAACCCAGCUCUGGGUUUGAACAUUUAACCCAGCUCUGGGUUUGAAGGUUUAAUCCUGCUCUGGGUUUGAAGGUUUAACCCUGCUCUGGGAUUGAAGGUUUAACUGAGCUCUGGUAGCUCUGGGGCUGCAGGUUUGUUGUUUUUGGGACAAAGAGGAUAAACCUAGAUCCCCACCUAGGCCUAGUCCCUGUUUUAGCACUGAGAGCUUUUAUCACCCCGGCGUUGCCUCCACUGCCCGCCCUGGCUUGGCUGCAUCUUCUGCUCCCUCUUCUCCUCGUGCUUUGCCACCUCCAUCAACCUUGUUUUUCCGUAGCUGUAUUUUCUUUGAUGGUGUUUACAGGUUCUUUUAGGGAAAAAAAAAAAACAAAACAACAAAAGCUAUGUGUAUAUAUGAAGGCUUUCAAACAUAUACCAAAUUUGUUGUUAAGAAGUAUCAACGCUGGGAUUUGCAAAGUGUCUGGGAGCUUCUUAGCUACCCAAACCCUCCCAGCUGCUGCACCGAAAUUCUUUAGGCCCCUUCGAACACAAAAGUUAAGGAAAACUUUGCCAUAUUCCUCCAAGCAUUUUGCAUUUGGUUUCAACUCCUGGGUCUUUUAGUUUUGCAUAAAGAGUUUGCACUUUGUUUGUUAAGUAAUCCGUGAACUUAAUAUAUAUUGCAGCUAUUUUCUUUUUUCUUUUUUUUUUUUUUUUAAAUUUUUUUUUCUUUAUCACCUGUAUGUUAAAAUCAAUUUGAACGAGUUGGGGAGAAAAAAAAAAAAAAAAAUUGUGGAUCUGUUUCAAUUCUACGAAACACUCGCGGCUCUUCAGUAUUCACUUAAGUCUUCCUUUUUUUUUUUUUUUUUUUUUUUUUUUUUUCCCUUCACUGACUCAUGAUAACUUGUUGAGUUUUAAUUUGUUCUCGGAAAAGGAAAGAAAAGAAAGGAGAAAAAAAAAUUCACAAAAAAAAAAAAAAAAAGGAAAAAAAAAAAAGGAUUUUUUGCAGGCUAUGUAAGCAUGUUUUUUCUGUGAGAGCUCGUCCGCUUUGUGUCUGUUCGAUGAAUGUCAUAUGUAAAUGCUUAAAAAGAAAAAAAAAAAAAAAAAAGAAAAAAAGAAAAAAAAAAGACGACGACUUAAUUAAUUAAUUAACCGCAGUGACUUGAAGCUCUAAAAAAAAAAAUAACAAUAAUAAAAAGAAAAAGUAGGAUUUAAUACUAGCUGGAUUUAACCCUUGGAUUUGUGAUUGUGAACCAUGAGUGGAGGAGCUGUAAGUGCUAAAGCUGAUAAUGUGUGUAGACAAAGAGGAGUACUGAUAUUUGACUAUUGUCUCAAUGGCAAAAAAAAAAACAAACCAACACCACCCCCUCCCAUCCCGCCCCUACCCAAGUCUUGUGUUUUAUUCCUCAAGAACUCUGUGUUAUAUUACCAUGGGAACUCCUAAUAAAGACAGAAUGUUGUUGUUUCA